AUGGAGGGACCUGUUUCCCGACUAGUGCCUUCUCUGCUGCUUGCUUGCGGCUCUGGGCCUGAGGGCUUUUGCUCUUUUUCGGAUGGACAUGUCUGCGAGGUCACCGGGGGCUAUUUGCGCAGCACGAGUUUCAAUGGCACCACUCAAUAUAUCCCUCUGUACACCGAUUCUUGUAAGAUGGGACACGCGGCCCACAAUAUAGACGGAUGUGGUUACGUGUUGUGUGCUAGUUGUGACGAGGCAAAGCUAGUUGCUUUGGGCGGGUCCGGUGUAGAAGGAGAUAUCCAAAUGGUGCAGCUCUCGUGCACACCUCCGAAAUCCAUGUGGAAAAAAAAGCUUAGUGCAUCAUGCUCGAUGGAAAUUCUGUGUCUUGAUUUUUCACCAUGCGGAAACCGAUUAUUUUGCCUGUCAUCUGGAAAACAGAAAGUCACCCAGCAAGAAUUGCACAGAUUUGUUGUGCAGUAUGUAACAGUGCUGAGUGCAAGCGAUGGGGCAGUGCAGAUAUGCCAUCAGUUGCAAUGGGACGAUGUGUCGUCUUAUCCCCGUAAGCUUCUUGCUGCAACUGGGGAGCUAUAUGCUGUAUUAUCAGAUACAAAUGUGAUGAUGUUCCAGCUAUUGAAAAGUAGUGAAGAAGCAUUUACCACGUCUGGGCUGCUUCUGCCUGUAGCUGCUGCUGCAGCUAGUGGGCAGCCAGAAUGCCCGGCACGGAACAUGACUAUAUGCGGGAGUUGCUGGGUAACUGCAAAAGGGUCUCACGGUGGCAACGCCAGUACAUUCCUGUUACUGGCUGUCAGCACUAAAAAGCUCUUGGCGAUUGGAGUGGGAUGGUUAGGCGCAGAAGGGCCAUUCCUCGCAUGGGUCACCAGUACAGAGCAAAAGUACCUUUCGUUGGCAGCAGUGGACAGCAGGGGGAUGGUGUUGGGGCUAACAGAUAAUUCAGUGAUCCACAUCUUCCAGCUAAAUGAGCGAGCAGCAGCAUCGCUGAUGCAGAAAUCCGAAGCAGAUCGGCAGCAACACAACUUGGAGGGCCUCCAUGAGUAUCAAAGGAAAGCUAUAGCAUCCUGCUUAUUGGAGUUGCAACGGAGUUGCCAUACUGGGAUAAACGCGCCACCCUUGAAGUUUCCAUCCCAAGAGAAUGAGUUCACACCUGCGCCCACAUCUGAGGACCCUGAAACACUGCUUCUCUUGCGUGAUGAAAUACACUUCCAGAUUCCAACAUCAGGAUAUAUCCCUGAGAGAUUCAGCCCCAACAAGUAUGGCAUAGACCCACCCCUGUCCAAUUAUAUUGCCAUAGUAUCAGUACUGCUCGUUCCAUCAACCAGCUACGCAUGCGUUUAG